AGGUUACUUAUUCAAAACCAAAACGAUAUAAACUUUUCCUAGACACACACAAAAAAGUGGAGAUGCCUAAUUCCAAGAGGCGCGUAGACUUAUGACUAAUUAAAGGACAGUGCCCCGGUGGAAACAUGAACCCAGCCCUGCAGGGCCAGGGAACGCUGGAGGAGGCGGAGAAAGUUUUCCCAGAAACCUGCGGCUUUAAAGCAUGAGUAGGAGCUGGCUGCCAGCAGAAGCAAAAUGUGUGAAGGCUAGAAAAAUGGCCUUGUAAGCAAGCACAAACGAAAGGGAAAAUGAAAGACACUAGUGUUAGGGGCGGCCUGACUACCGUCCUGGUUAAUCCUACCCGGCUUGGCCUCGGAGGCCGUCAAUCAGAAUGACGUCACAGCCGAUCAGGUUGCUCGGGCUGCGGGAAUUUGCUACCUGUGCAAUCAGGAAAAGGAAGUCUGGGGAAAGCCAUGCAGCUCGAAGAGGCCGGAAAGCCUUUAAUUAAAUUCAACCACUGCAGGAAAUGCAUCUACAGCUUCAGCGUGCCGCGCUGCUGCCCCCUCUGCCGGCAGGACGUGGGCUCCAGGAAGCUGGAGGAAGCACCUGUCAGCAUCUCCAAUCCGUUUACUAAUGGGCAUCAAGAAAAGUGUGCAUUCCUCCUCAGGCCAACCGAAGGGACGUUUCUUAGGGAGUAUGAUGGAAGGUCUGAUCUUCACGUUGGAAUUACUAACACAAAUGGAGUCGUCUAUAAUUACACCGUGCACGGCGUCCAGCGAGACGAAGCGGGCUGGGAGCAGUGUGUCAGUAUCCCGUUGUUGCAGCCCGGCAUGUUCGGACUGAUGGACCAGUGGGACAAGUACCUGGAAGACUUCUCCACCUCGUGGGCCUGGCUGCCUCACAGGUACGAAGAAGAACACCACAACUGCUACAGUUACACCCUCACGUUCAUUAACUGCAUUCUGGCCACAGAAGGCAAGGAGCAACUGGACAAGAACGAGUUCACGGAGAAGUUUGUGGUCCCCAGGACCAGGAAGGCGUCCAAGUACAUCACGCUCUACCGGGCGAUAGAGGCGCACGGCUUCCACGUGACCGACCGCCCGGACCAGGCGCCGAGUCCUCCUCCGGGGGGUGGUUUGUGCUGAGUGUGCCGUGGGAAAGCAGAAGGGACAGGAUCUUUGGGGGUUACUACUUUUAACAGAUCCUAGAGACUUCUAAAGACAGUAACCUGUGGUUAAUUAAAAAAAUAAAAAAUAAAAGGUGCCCUGACCUGUUUGGCUCAGUGGAUAGAGCAUCGGCCUGCGGACAAGGGCACCAG